AUGAGACAAAAGGAAGGUCUUGAAAACAUGUUCAAUUCUGAAGAAUUUAGAAAAACAAAAUAUGGUAAAGAAAAGAAAGGACCGGGAUAUGAAGCAAGGAAAAUUGUUAUGAGUAGGGACUUUUGGAGUAAGGCUAAUGAUAUAUUGAAAGUAUUUGAGCCAAUUGUAAAAGUUUUGAUACUAGUUAAUGGUGAUGAGAAACCAACAAUGGGUUUCAUAUAUGAAGCCAUUGAUCGAGCAAAACAAGCAAUUCAACAAAAUUCUCGUUACCAUUCCAAAUAUAAUGAUAUCAUUGACAAGCGUUGGAAAUUCAUGCAUUCUGAUCUUCAUUCUGCUGAUAUGUGUUAUUUUCUUAAUCCGCAAUUUCAAUAUGGAAUUGAACAUGGAAAAAUUGUGUAUAAAGAAACAUUUAAUGGAACAACUAAUGUAAUCAUGAAGAUAGAAAGAAACAUAAAUGAUCAAAUCAAAGCUUUAAACCAACUAACACUUUUUAGAGAAAAGAGUGAAACUUUUGCCCAAUGGUGGGAAUACCAUGGUUCAUGUGCUCCUGAAUUUCAACGUUUGGAUAUGAAAGUUGUUAGUCAAACAACCUCUGCCACAAACUGUGAGAGAAAUUGGAGUAUAUUUAGCUAUAUCCACACAAAGACAAGAAACAGAUUGAAGUACAAAAAAUUGCAUAAGCUUGUCUUCACACAUUACAAUAUGAAGUUGAGAAUGAGGGAUAAAUUAAGGAAGAGUCGGGAAGAGAUAAAAGCAAAUUUUGAUCCGAUAAAUUUUGACUAUAUAUUUCAAGAAGAUCCAUUAUCUUAUUGGAUAGAAGAGAGAGAAAAUCCAUUAUUGGAUGGAGUUCAAAAUGCGGAGUGGUUGCCGAUAGUUGAUACAGAUGAUGAAAAUGUUGAUGAUAAUAGUGAAACUAAUGAAAGUGGUGGUGGUUUAAGUCCACCAAGCAGUAAUAGUAGUGGUAAUGAAGUGGAUAAUGAAGGUGAAGGUGGAAGUGGAGGUGGUGAUGAUGAAGGAGAAGAUGAUGAACUUGAUCCAUAUCAUGACCACCAAAUUAUAGGCACUAUAGGAACUUAA